AAAAAAAACAUGACGCCAAGUUGGCAUUAUGGUCGAGUGUAAUUCGAAUUUGUCAAAAGAUUCUUAAUUUUCUUUAUUAGUGAUUAAAAUGAUGUUUGUUUCUGUUUGAUUACUUUUUAAAAUUCAAUGUUUAUUAUUAUUGUGUAACUGUGCAUUAUUAUUUUCUUCAAAAUGGAAUCGGAUUCUGGUCUUCAGUGCGAUGUCCCCGAUGGCGCGGAAGUGUCCCCCUUAGCCGAAACCCAGGCUGCAGAUACUGCAGAAAUAGCUGAAAAUAAUGUAUCCAGUCAUGAAUCUGAUGCUGCUAACAAUGAGCAGUCUGUUGCAAAUGGGGGUGGUCCUACCAGCAGCAGCGAUGCUUUAGAUGUAGAACCUGGCCCACCAAUAGCUGAUACUGAUGAACCACCUGCUGCUGAACAAGGUAAUCCUGAAGAAGAAAUGGAUAUUGAUGAUACCACUACAGGGACAGUUGCUGAUGAAUCUGCCUAUAUAGGAGAUAAUUGUUUAUCCACACCAGCUGCUACAGAAGAUAAUUCGCCUCAAGAGAUUGACCAUCAGCUGGAUCCAAUAAUAAAAGAGCAGGGCCUAGAUGAAACUGAAGGUGUGGAUGCUAUAGCUGAGGAAUCUCCUGACCAGUCAAUUAGCUCUGCUAUGCCUAUUGACAGUGCUGUGUGUGAAGGAGAUGGAGCACCAAUGGCACAAGAUGAUGAAUCAAGUACAAUGGAUGAAGAUAUGGGUGGAGGGGAAGGUGUUGCCAGUAGUGAUGAUGUCAAUGAUAUAAGUAGUGCAGCACAAGAGUCUGUCAGCACAGGUAUUAGCUCAAGUACAGCUGAAGGAGGAGCCGAUAUUUCCAGCAGUGGCCAAACCGAAGCAACUCUCAUAUCCUCAACAGCCAAUGGGCCAGCAGUAUUGCAUUCAUUUUCCUUAACUCCUCAGCAACAGCAUGCCAACGAGUAUUUGAACUUUUUGUCAACUAGGUUCAGUGAUGCUGAUACUUCUGAGAUGGAAGGCACUGCAGAUACAAUGCCAACAGUAAGCGAGUCUAUGCCGCUACUUACCAUGACGGCUAACGGGUCCGCGUUGCUCUCGCCCACCAUAUUGCAAGGCGAGGAGGGCGGCGCGGGAGGCGUGUCGUCGUCAGUGGCGGCGGAGGGCGGCGCGGGGGCGGGGGUGGGUGUGGUGGCGAGCGCGGCGGGGGCGGGCGCGGCGGAGAGCGAGGGCGCGGUGAGCAGCUCGGUGGCGGCGAGCAACGGCGCGCCACCGCUGCCGCCCACCGACGCUGCGCACGCGCUUGCUACGCUCGCCAGCGCCGCGCUUCACCACCAGCACGAACAGGCCGAAUCUGAAGAGUCAAAGCAGCAAAAUGAUGAAGAUGCGUGGUAUACUGUUGGCAUUGUAAAGGGCACUACAUUUACGGUGCAAAACUACAUAUCCGAUCCAAAUGUAGAUCUGUCCAACUUAUCAUUGGAUAAUGUUCCCGAUUUGUCCGGUUUAGCAACAACACCCCUUGAACAUGGUACGGCAUAUAAAUUUAGAAUUGCUGCUAUCAAUUCUUGUGGUCGUGGCGAGUUUAGUGAGGAGUCUGCGUUCAAAACUUGCCUCCCAGGGUUUCCUGGUGCGCCAUCUGCUAUCAAGAUAUCUAAGUCUGUCGAAGGCGCACAUUUGUCAUGGGAACCGCCUCAAGUGGCCGCUGAAGGAAUUUUCGAGUAUUCUGUUUACCUCGCUGUACGAUCUAAUACACAACCUAAGGAAGCGUCGAAGUCGCAACUGGCAUUCGUGCGCGUGUACUGCGGUAAGGCGAACACGUGCGUGGUACCGCAAGCGUCGCUCAGUGCAGCCCACGUGGACUCCUCCACCAAACCGGCUAUCAUAUUCCGCAUCGCCGCCCGCAACGAGAAGGGCUACGGGCCCGCCACACAAGUCAGGUGGCUGCAAGAUAUAAAGUCUACAGGAGUGAAGAGAGCGGGUGAGGGUCGAUUACCCGGCGCCUCACCCUCCAAGCAACCUAAACAAAUAUUACACUAAGUGUUUACCCACUAAGAAAGCCUUGACUUUUAUGUAGAAUAAUUAUAAUACAUUAGCUAUAUGUACAGAUGAGACGAUUAAGUGAAAUGUAUUUGCCUUUAGGUGCGGUUAAUAUUUUUUUUAUAAACUCUUUAAUUUGUGAAUUAUUCUCAUGAAAUAUUUUAUGUGUGAAAUAUAGUUAACCAUUAUAUUUGCUGUAGAUUAUGUUAAUAUCGUGACUGUUGUGCCGAUUUGUAUCUUCAUGUUAAAUCUAUUGGAAGGUAAUAAGAUUGACUGAAAGUAGAUGUAAGCAUGCAAUUAGAUAGACUGGGUGCAGUUACUCUAAAGGUGUCAAAUAAAUACUAAAUGUAGUAAUUGUAAUUCAUGACUAUAGCUCACGCCUUUUUACUUUUGGGAUAGGCAGUGAUUACAGCAUGUUUCUGUUAUAACAUAUUUUCUUUGAUACAUGGUGUAUAUUUGUUUUAAUAAAAAUACCUGUUAAAUUUGUAUAAUACGUGAAAUUGACCGACUGUUUAAUUGAGAAACUGUUGGGUCUCGUCUAGAAUAACUAAAUUUUGUAUAGGAAUCCCUUAUAAAAUAUAACUUAAGUAAGUAUAUAAAAUUAAUGGUUUCUGCGCGUGCUAAGCCGCGAAGAUCUGUUAAUAUACUUGAUCAUAGACGUUUUCUAAGAGCUAAUUAUAAUAUAAAAAUAUUAAUAAGUAAUCUGGCCACAUGGUUAUGAUCGAUAUUAAUAUACUUCUUCGGUUUAGUUUUAUAUUUGUUUUCAUGUUCAUGUAUUUGAAUAUUUUUUAUAUAAUGUUUCAUUAAAACCAAAUGAAUGAUCUUAAAAAAAAAAAAAAGAAAAUAGGGUAUUAAAAUAAAGAAAUAUCGAAUCGCAUUUGGCUUUUAAUACUUAAUUACAUAUUAUUGAGUACACUA